CCCGCCGGGCGCGCCCCGCUGGCCCCUGCCCGCACACGGCUCGGUCCGGCCCCGGCAGGGGCCGACAUGUGCGGCCCCGCCGGCCCGGCCUCCCCGCCCCACCAGCACGGUCCCGCAAGUGCCUGCCGCCGUCCAGGACGCGCAGCAGAGGGGAAGUUCGCCUCCGCCACCCCGCACCCCUCCCGCAGCCGACGGCGAUCCCGCCGUCCCGGACGGGCCGUAGCCGUGCGACGUACACGUAGCCGACCCACUCGUCAUCCCCCUGCACCCCCGGUCUCUCCGCCGGUGGUUCCGCAGGGCUUGGAUCGGCGACGAGAGGAGGCCACCGGAACCGGGCGCGUACGCCGGGCAGACAUAUUUACUGGGGGCGCAGCCCGGGACAGGAGCCCGAGUCCCCAGUGUUUCGCCGCACCGCAGCUCAUGUGUUACCGGUGCCGCGGCGGGGCCGGUUCCCGUUCCCCCGCCGCACCGGACCGCUGCCACCACGCAGCUUCAAACCCCUCGCCAUAUAAAUACAACGAUUCGGUUUCUUCUCGCUGCUCCCCGCCCGCUCCCCGUGCAUAUGCCUUCCUGCGGUGGACGAGGAAAGGCGCCCGCAGUAAGCAGGCCUGACCGGGGCCCGACUCUGCCCGUGCCGCCGGUCCGCAGAGAAGCUCGGCGCUGCCUCGCUGCCGGGACCCCGAAAAGAAUUAGUAACAAUUAGCUCCUCAUUCCUGUUACACAUCCGCCACCGUUCCGGGCCACUCCCGCCCGCCUCGGGGCCCCGGGCCCGGGGAGGUGCGGGCGCGGGGCCCGGUGGCAGCGAGGCGAGCGGCCGGGCUCUGCACAGCGCCGCGCUGCCCGGGAGCUCCACUGCGGCCGAGCUUCCCGGCGGGGAGAGCAGCGUCAGGGGCCAGUGCCCUCGGUGGGGGCGGCCAUAAGAACUGCAGGGCCGCUGCCGGUGUCCGCCGCGCCGAGGGCCGGGCCUCGCCCGGCAGGGUCUGGCCCGUGUGGCGCCAUGGCGCUCCCGGUUCGCAGGGAUCCCGGGCGGGCCGGGCGCAGCCUGCGGGCUCUGGCAGCCCGGGUCGGGCAUUAAACGACGCAUCGGACGUCUCCCCGGUGGUACUAGCGGUUCUCCCGCUGGGACCCACUCAUUUGUGCUGCUCGGGGAGCCCACUCCCGACGGAGGGCACAAGGCGCGGCCGGGCCUUUUCUGGGCCGCAUUAUCCUGCGCCAGUCUCCCGGGGAGGUAACAGCCCGCGCUUUCCCCCCAUGCCAGCAUGCCCUCUUUAGUGGAAGCGGAUCGGUGGUGAGUUCCCGGCUGGGAAAGCCGAGGGAGCGAGGAGAUAGAUGGUCGGGCCCGACCGUGCCCGUACAGAGGCGGGUGGAGCCGAGGAGCACGGCCGGACCGGGGCGAGCGGCGUGGAGGUACAGAAGCCAGGGGGAGGAAGGAGCAGGGCAGCCGUGGUACCUGCCGGCGGGUCUCGGCCCGGGAUGCGGCUGUAGGGCUUUCCCAAGCCGGCUGGGCUGGGGUCACCGGGCUAUUAAUGGUUAUUUUAUUUAUAUCAUUAGCGGCGUCCCCUGAGCUCUGUUUACAGCAGGGCCUUGUUGUCCCGGCCGCUUCUGCGCUCUGUUUAGACAGGGGAUUAUUGUAAUGGAUGGAGCUCGCCGUGCGGAUGCUGCAGCGGAGCCAAGAGAGCCAAGAGCUUCCCCCCCGGGCCCGGGGAGCGAGCAGCAGCCCCGCUGCAGCGGCGCACACCGCGGCGGGCGGGCGAGGGAGCGAGCGAGCGGCCCGCUGCCGCCUGAGGCCCCGGCCGCAGGCAGCCCGGUAGCAGCGGCCGCGGCCGGGGGUCUCGCUCGGGGCGAUGCUAUCAGCACCAGGGCUGCUAAUUGCUCCAUUAGUCUCGCGGGUGCGGAGUGCUGGAGCCGGCCCCGCGCUAAUGGCCGUAAACAAACAAACACGCUAAUCCGGGCCUGUCUCCAGCCCCCGUGCUCUGGGAGCCAACGGGGCACGGCGAGGGGAGCGCCGGGCGGGCGGCACCCACCUGCCCGCACCCCCGGAGACCGGAGCCCGCGGCUGGGGCCGCAGCCGGAGCGGACCCGCGCCGCCGGGAGCUGCCCCCCGCGCCCGGCUCUAUUUACACAGAGCCUGCCCUUGUGUAAACGCUGCGCGCCGUGGUUUAUCUCAGGGCCUGUCUGGUUCUCGUUCUCUGUCAGCAGCGCCCGGUGAAGGAUGGCCCUUUCCCAGGAGUUCGGUCCUGAUUUAUGUGAGAACCGCAGCGCGCCGGGGACGCCCCCGCACGGCGGGGCCGGCGACGCGACGCGGAGAAGCGGCGGCUCUCGGAGCAGCGACCCGCCGCCGGGGAUGCCGAUGGGACCGGCUCCAUGCAGCCUGUACCGGCUCCGCACGGCUCGGUCAUCACCUGCCGGCAGCGGACCCCGCGGUGCUGUCCGGUCCGGCACGGCACGGCGCUUCGCCCUCUCCCGGGUCCCGCUCUGUUCGCACUCGGCCUCGGCGCCGCUCACUGCGCCCAGCGGGUGCGCCCGGAGGGGCUCCGUGAGGAGCGCACACGGGGCGGCUCCGCCGGCAGCUCCCAGCCCGGACUCACUCCCUGAGUGCGCUCACCUGGGGGAAAGGAUGGCGUUUAUCCCCGUCCUGCCGCUUGCAUAGGAAUACCUCUUUUUCCCAACUAUGGAAAAAAAACCAAAAAACAAAAAAAAACCCCAAAACGUUCUCUGUAUUCCCUAGGAGAGAAGAGGGCUUCUGCAGGCAGCGGAGCCAGGUCCAGGCAGGGGAUGCAGCAUGCUCACCCAGCAACAGGCUGUCUCCAUCUCCCACCGCUGUGUCCCAUCUGUGCCCGGGCAGUGCCUAGACCAUCCUGUUCAUUUAGGUCGGCCACUUGACACCUGUCUGCAUCUCUCCAAAUCCUCAGAACCAGCUGGCUUGGUUUGGCCAAGAAUCACCCAACUAAUGCCCAUUUUCUUGAGAGGUACAUCACUGCAAAUAUCUGCUUUCUUCUUCAGUAAUUUUUUUGCUCCGUUGACUGAUUUACUUUUGCUUCACAAUUCUUGCAGGGAUGCAUGGCUUGCAAAUACAUCCCAAAACAAAGCCUCAGUGAAAAAUAAAUGUGUUUUUUAAAGGUCAGAACCAGAUUCUAUCAUCCCACAUGUAUAUUUUCAAGGUGGGAGGUUGAGGGAUACCAGUAGCCAUGUGAAACAUUCAGCAUUCAGCACUUUGAGGGAUAGGAGCAGCAAAUGCAAGGGUGCUGCCCAUUGCAGCAGGGGAAACUCAGUAGGCUUAGACACCAAAGGGGAGAUUGCCCUUGAUUUCAGUGCCUGAUGGGUCUCUGAAACUGAGGCUGACAUGAGUUUGGUAAGAGCCAACUUGCAGGAGCAGGUAAAGCUCAUCCUUCAUUUAAGGCAAUGCACGAUAGGAAAUGCCAGUGCCAAGGACCCCCUCCUGCCUGCUUUUAUUUGGCAUCUCUUGUGCACAAAGGGUAUCCAGGCUUCACAAAGCUACCCUGCUGCACAACACAGCCCCAUGACUGUGGACGUGCAGAGGGUAGCAAAACACGUCUUCCUCUGGAGCUGUCAUAAAUCAGUUACUGACUGUGCGAUGAGAGGGUCCCCGUGCAACAGGACACUGCUGCAGGCACACAUACACUGCCCUGUUGGUGGAGCACACCCCACUGCCUUUCUGGGAGUACCUUUGCUCCGUGUCUCAGAAGCCAUUGCUGUGUGUUUGUGUCCGCGAAGUUGAGAAGCUGAGCUGAAAUUCAUCCUCCAGCAGAGGCUCAGCACGAGGCUUGCUCACCGCUCGCAUCCACAGGCCUGCGUACCACUUGCAUCCCAUAGCGCUUAAGUGGAGCCUAAGUGGACCCUGGGCCUUGUGCUGGCGACCUGCCCAGUGCUGGAUUUCAGCUCCCAGCCCAGGCCUGCUGCUCUGAUUCAUGCACGUAAUCCCGCUGAGGUCAGCGGGUUUCAUCCUGCUCCCACCACGGCCCGCGGGACAGUUCACACGAGAGUGGCAGGGUCAGGCUCUGUGUUUGCAUGUGCCAUAGAAAAUGGAACGAUUAAGAUUAAACCAAUUAAAUUUUAA